AAAAAUGGUAGAAAAUCAGAUCUUGUUUUCAAGAAAAUCAAGUUGUAGAGAUCGUAAAAAUUAAGAAAAUUGCUCUACUUUUGAAAAAUUGACUUGGGUUUUAAAAGAAGAUAUGGUUCUCUCUAAAAGAUACUCAAUCCUGUUAUUCAAAACCGUUUCAGUCUCAGCUUCCAAGAUCAAUCCUGUUAUUUCAUUUAUUUGUUAAGAUCUUAUUAACUGUUUAGGUUUAGAUCGUAUCAGUCCGAGCUUCCAAGCUUCAGAAAUAGAAGGAAAACACCACGUCCCAAAGAUCUAAUUCUUAUACCUGAAGCUCUAUCCUUGCGCAAUCGUGACCAUGCCUUACACGAUUGCGAAGCAUUGCUAGGGCAUGCCGACGUGACCAUGAAGAUUACCCACCAACCACACUCAUGAUCGUUAUUAAGCUUGCACCAAUAGAAAUUUGCAUGAUCUAAUUCUUAUACCUGAAGCUCUAUCAUUGCGCGAUCGUGACCCUGCCUUAUGCGAUUGCGAAGCAUUGCUAGGGCAUGCCGAUGUGACCGUGAAGGUUACCCACCAACCACACUGCAUGAUCGUUAUUAAGCUUGAACCAAUAGAAAUUUGCAAUUGCUGUCUCCUCCCCAAGCGUGUCGAAAUCCACCCAAGCCCCUCAGGUCCCAAUCCAAACAUGCCAAGAAGUCAUAAAACAUAAUACCAGCCUGUAGGAAGUUUCAAACACGAAACAGAGCAUAAAAUCUCAAAAUGAAGGGUUGAGUAAUUACAAUGAUCUAUUCGUUAUAUACGUUUUAUUCCUUAUUUGUAUAUUAAUUGCACAUGCAUAUCUUCUGUUGGUUGCUGUGUCUUGAAUGCUUGAUCAUUGCCUUGUUUAGUUGGUUAAAUCCUCAAGGCAACAUGAUAUGCUCUUGGCUGUAAACAUGAUAUGCUCUUGGCUGUAUCUUUUGGUUGAUACUUCUGUUGUACAUAUUGGAUUUGCAGCAAAUCAUCAGUUCUUCUGGGAUUAUCAUUGACUGUACCAUUAAUGGUAGCGUGCCUAUCUAUUGCAAUUCCUAUAUGGAUUCAUAAUGGUUACCAGUUUUGGUAUUCAAGAGCUGAGAAUGCGGGCCGUGCAGGAAACCAUCUUACACUAGGGAUGAAAGAGGAUUUCAUUGUGAAUAAAGUCCGAAGAAUGCUCUACGAAGCAGUUUCAUCUUUCAAUGGCAAUCUAGAGGAUGAGGAAACUCUGUCGCGGCUCAUCAAAGCAGAGUUUGCUGUUCUUCACGAUGCUUUUAAUUUACCUCCUGAGUCGGAUGAUUGUGUUCGUAAAGUUGCUUCUAAGUUGCUCAAUCUGUAUCGUACUGGAAGACUUGGCCAUUAUACUCUAGACCUUGCUCCAAGUUAUAAGCGCGACAAUCUUUGUUGAGGUGUCUAAGUGAAAAGACGUGACAACUUUAGGGGACUGUCUAUGUAUUCAACUAAAUUAGUUUGACGAUUUUCUAUUUGUAAAUGAAAAAUCUCCUCCAUUGUGCGUAUUUUAGAUAAAAUCCUGCAUCCGGCACUGUUCAUUUACAUGUAUGAGUCAUCGGAUCAAGUUGUGAAUUCGCGAUACAUCCACGACAGAUAUUAAACACUUCAAAAGCUCCAUGUUUUGAACCCCACCAAAAAAGAG